CGCGCUUGUCUUUGUUCGUCGCGGCGGGCAGCGAGCCCUGCGACUGAGACGCGCUUAAUCUACCUACACACCUCUGCUUCACCUGCACAUAACGACCGCCAGCCAUGCCGGCGCCAAUGCCGCGCCCGUCUUUCAGCGCGGCUGCUGCGCACGCCGCUGCCGCCCAAGCCGAGUUCAACGAGAAGAAGUGGGUGUGGGUGCCCGACGAGAAGGAGGGCUACCUCGCGGGCUGGGUGAACAAGGAGGAGGACGAUGUGGCGGAGAUCGUCAUGGCCGCGGGCGGCGACAUCCGCCAGGUGCCCAUAAUCGCGCUCUCGAAGAUGAACCCGCCAAAGUUCGACCGCGCGGAGGAUAUCGCGGACCUGACGUUCCUCAACGAGGCGAGCGUGGUGCACAACCUGCGCCUGAGAUACGGCUCGGGCGCGAUCUACACGUAUUCGGGGCUGUUUCUGGUCGCUAUCAAUCCGUACCAGAAUCUGCCAUUGUACACGGACGCGGUGAUCCAGCAGUACAGGAAUAAGCGCCGCGAUGAGAACCCGCCGCACAUCUUUGCCGUCGCUGAGCGCGCGUGGGUCAAUAUGGGGGACGAGCGGGAGAACCAGAGUAUUCUGAUCACAGGAGAGUCCGGCGCAGGAAAGACGGAGACGACAAAGAAGGUCAUCCAGUUCCUCGCAGCCAUCGCCACCGACGUCCACAUGCCAUCACAUUCCCGCUCCCCCACCCUCACACACACCAACUCCUACAGCGGCGUUAUGCCAGCAUCGGGCUUACCCCGCAGCACCUCACAACGGCGCGGGCACGCCAUGUCACCUUCUGUGUCCGGAUCGGGCUUCAACGCGAAGAGCCGGCUCGGCUUGCUGGAGCGCCAGAUUCUGCAAGCCAACCCCAUUCUCGAAGCCUUCGGUAAUGCGCAGACGCAGCGAAAUAACAAUUCCAGUCGGUUUGGGAAGUUCAUCCGGAUAUCGUUCGCCCCAGAUGGUAGUAUCGCGGGAGCGAAUAUCGACUGGUACCUCCUCGAGAAGAGCAGAGUGGUAGUGCGAAGCGAGGCGGAGCGGAACUUCCAUGUAUUCUACCAGCUUAUGGCUGGCGGGGGUGCCAUCAAGAAGGAUCUCUUGCUUGACGGUGAUGUGGAGGACUACGAAUACCUCAACCGCAGCAGGCGUGAAGUGGAUGGAGUGGACGACAAGGAGGAAUGGAAUUUACUCAAGUCUGCCCUCGAAGUCGUUGGUUUCACGCAGCAAGAGCAAGCCGACCUAUUUCGCAUCGUCGCAGCUGUGCUUCACAUCGGCAACAUCGUCAUCUCCUCUACGCGCGACGACGACGCGACUAUGCCACAUCAUGCGCAGGCUGAGCGUGUCUGCUAUCUGCUUGGUCUUCCGGUGGAUGAGUUCAAGAAAGCCGUACUGAAGCCCUUGGCUCGCGCCGGUCACGAGUGGGUGUCGCAGGCGCGUACGCGCCAACAGGCCUGCGACGAGCUGUCUGCGCUCUGUAAGACCCUGUACGAGAAGUCUUUCGGUGCCCUGGUCGACCGCAUCAACCAAGCGCUCGACCGACCCUCGUCAAAGUCCACAUUCAUCGGCGUGCUCGAUAUAGCUGGCUUCGAGAUCUUCGAGGUCAACGCGUACGAGCAGCUGCUCAUCAACUACACGAACGAGAAGCUGCAGCAGUUCUUCAACCACCACAUGUUCGUGCUCGAGCAGGAGGAGUACGCGCGCGAGGGCAUCAAGUGGGACUACGUCAACUUCGGGCUCGACCUGCAGCCGACGAUCGACCUCAUCGAGGCGAGCGGGAACGUGAUCGGGAUCCUGAGCUGCCUCGACGAGGAGUGCAUCAUGCCGAAGGCGACGGACCUGACGUUCACGAACAAGCUGAACGCGAUGUGGGCAGGGCCGGUGCCGCGAGGCGAGGAGGUGCAUCCUGGGCGGCUGAAGUACGAGCCGUCGCGGUUCGAGCAGGGCUUCAUCAUCCAACACUACGCGGCGAAGGUCGAGUACCGCACGGACGGGUGGCUCGAGAAGAACAAGGACCCGCUGAACGACCACCUGACGCGCGUGCUCGCGCAGUCGUCCGAGCGGUACGUGGCGAGCUUGUUCUCGGACUACGUCUCUGCGGGUGCGGUGACCAUCGGGAAGAAGCGCGGGCUGAAGAAGGGUGCGUUCCGCACGGUUGGGCAGCGGCACCGCGAGCAGCUGGCGAGCCUGAUGGCGCAGCUGCAGGCGACGCAGCCGCAUUUUGUGCGCUGUAUCGUGCCGAAUGCGCACAAGAAGCCCGGGCGGGUGGACGUGCCACUUGUGCUCGACCAGUUGCGGUGCAAUGGUGUUCUUGAAGGGAUCCGUAUUGCGCGCCUUGGGUAUCCGAAUCGCCUCCCCUUCGUCGAGUUCCGUCAGCGGUACGAGAUCCUUACGCCCGGCAUCAUCCCUCGAGGGUACAUGGAUGGGCGCGAGGCGUGCAGGCGGAUGGUCAACGCGCUCGAGCUCGACGACGCGAUCUUCAAGAUUGGGACGUCGAAGAUCUUUUUCAAGGCAGGCGUGCUGGCGGAGCUGGAAGAGCGGCGGGACUUGCUGCUGUUUGACAUCUUCUCGAGGCUGCAGGCUGCGGCGCGCCGGUAUACGGCGAGGCGGCAGAUGAAGAAGAUCCUGAACCGCGCGGUGGCGAUCCGGACGAUCCAGCGGAAUGCGAGGGUGUAUGGGGAGUUGAGGGAUUGGCCGUGGUGGCAGCUAUACACCAAGGUUCGCCCGUUGCUCGCUGCUACCCGGAACGAUGAGGAGCUACGGCGGAAGGAAGCCGAGCUGAUGCUCAUCAAGGAGCGUGCCGAGCGCGAUAAACAAGAGCGCGAGGCCCUGCAGACCCUCAAGAUGUCCCUCGAAGCCGAGAAGCGCCGCGUCGAGGACGCGUUGGAGGCCGAACGCGCCCUCGCGCUGGACAAGGACAGCCUGCUGGAACGCAGCAAGAAGCGCGAGGCCGAACUGGAGGAGGACGUACUCGCACUGCAGAGCGACCUCGACACGCUGGACUCGCAGCUCGACCGGGUGAUGAAGCUGCAGAAGGAGAGCGAGGAGAAGUACGAGGCGAUGCGGGAGAUGUUCGACCAGGCUGCGGAGCACCUUGUCCGCCUGGAGAGCGAGCAGAAGGAGUGGACGGCGCGCGAGGAGGAGCUUACAGCGCAGUUGAAUGCAGCGACGGAUGAGCUAGAAGCUGUACAUGCGGAUAUGGAAGAGUUGAGGAAGGUCAGCGAGGAGCUGAAGAACCUGGCCAUGCAGCGCGAGGAGGACCUGGAUAGGUUGAAGGACCGCUCAGACGUCCACCUGAAGGAGCUCGAGGGCAAGCUAACGGUCGAAGCCAGGAAUAGAGAGCUACUCAAGGACAAGGCCGAUGGUCUUGAAGAAGAAGCCCGUCAAGCCAAAGAGCAACUCGCCGAGAUGGCUCGCACCGCCAACGAGUACUCGACCAUGAUCCAGCGCAAGGAGGAGCGCAUUGCUAGCCUGCAGCAGGAUCUCGACGCAUCGGCACUGGCCUCCAAGCAAGCCGCGAAGGAGAUCAUCGACCUCAAGAGCGACAUCGAUACACUUGCCGCCGAGCUGGACGCUGAACGUCAGGACCGCACACGCGGCGUAGCUGUGCAGAACAAGCUGCAAGAGGAGCUCGAUGAGCUACGAGCCGUCCUGAAUGCCAAGACCAGCGAGGAGGAGCGCCGUAACGAGGUGGAGAAGAGCCGCGAGCAGGAGGUCGCCACUCUGCGGUCUCAUGUCGCGCAAAUGGAGGCCGAGGUCACCGAGGCGCGCCGCACGGCCCUCGAGCUGCAGGGCAAGCUGAAGACGGAGCUUGAGCAUGUGAAUCGGGAGCAUCAGUCUCUGGAGAACACCUACGCGUCGCUGCUGGAGCGCGAACGCGGGGCGCAGGCUCAAUUGACGAAGUCACAAGCGGCUCUGGCGGAUGCUGAGAAGGCAAAGCGGGCGCUCGAGUCGGAGCUGCAAUCUCUGCGCUCCCGACAGAGCGAGUCGGAGGACUCGCUGGCGGCGGCUCAGAAAGCGAAAGAGACUCUGGAGCGCCAACUUGCUGCGGCGCAAGCCAAGUAUCUGGACUUCGACGAGCUUGUCAUCCAGAUGGAGCGGGACAAAGGUGCCGUCCAGCGCCAGCUGGAGUCGAGCAAGAAGGAGCUGGAGAGCGAGACGUCCAAGCGCACCACCCUUGAGCAGCGACUUGCUAGUCAGAAGGCAGAGCUCAUCCGCAUCAAGGACCACAACGUCAAGCUCGAGCGCGACCUGAAGAAGGCGUUGGAUGAUCUGAAAGCCCGCGAAUGGGAGGUCAAGCAGCUCGAGUCUAAGCAGGAUAAGACCAUCGUCGAACACGUCCACGUGCUCGAAGAGGCCAAGCGCGUCACCGACCGACAACUCGCGGAUGCUCAGCUCGAAUUGCAGAAGAAUAUUGCCUACAUCCGGUCCUUGGAGAAGGCGAAGAGUCGCUUGAUGCACGAGGCUGAAGACAUGCAGCGCGAGACGGAGCGGGAACGCUUGGAGAUGCGCAAUCGCGACAAGACGGGCAGAGUGCAGGAGGAGCGUGCCGCGAAAGCGAUGGCCGACCUUGAGAAGGAGCGCAAGGAGAAGGACUUGGCCGAAUUACAGGUCCGGCGACUCCAGAACGAGCUGCACAAUACGCAGACGCGCGUAGAGGAGUUGGUUGAGCAGGUGCAGAUUGUUCAGCGGUCGAAGGAUGCCCUCGAGAAGGAGCUGGAGCGCUUGGCAGACGAGACCAUCACGCCAAACUCCAUGGCCAAGAUGCAGAGGCAGUACGAAACCAAGAUCGCUGAACUACAGGCUCAGCUUGAUGAGUCGGAGUCCGCGAAUGCGACAUCCAACAGGAUACGCGAGCGCAUUGAGCGUCAGCAUGCGGAGAUCCGCGACCUCGUCUUGAAUACUGCUCCGUCGGAUCCGUCCUUCCAGUCCCGUCUCAUCCGCGAGCUUCAGGCUCUUGACGACGAGCUCACGAAUACCCCCUCGCGCCCGCGGAAGUCUCGUUCGAGCGCCUCUGCUAACGACUUCCGUCGGAUGUCCAACGUAUCACCCAGCAAACGCGGCUCAGAUGGGCACUCGGGACGGACGCGCACCAGUUCUCGUCCGGACGCGCCUCACAUCUCGGAACGCCAGAUCAGCGCUCUCAAGCAGCAGGUCCAGGUGCUCGAGUUGCAGAUGGCCGCCCAGGAGCGCGUGCGGCAACACCUGGAGUCGUCUAUCCGCGAGAUGACAGCGGAGCUCGAGAACAGCGACGGCUCGAAGCAGUUCUUGCAACAGUACAAGGUCCGGCUAGCGAAGGAGAACGCGCGCCUGACCGAGCUGUUGGCGGAGGAGGCCGAAGCUCGCCGUGUCGCUGAAGCCGCGCAGAUCGAUGGCAUCCAGGCGAUGUGGUCAAAGUUCCAGCACGCCAUCACCGAAGAACGGGAGAACUACACCCGUCUGGAGGAGUCGAGGAAGGCUUUACUCGUUCAGCAGCGGAGUGCGCAGAGCGAAUUGGAGCUGCAGAAGGGCCAAGUGCGCGAACUUAAUCAGGCCAAGAAGCAACUUCAGGCGCAGAUCUCGCAACUGGAGGAACAGAACCAGUUAGCGCAGACGGAGGCUGCAAAUAUCAAGCGGCAACUGCAGCAGAAGCUUCAAGAGGAGGCCAUCACGUCUUCAUCGUCGUCCGCUGCUGUUUCAGAACUUCGCACGGCUAUCGAGGGCUACAAGGCUAAUGAACUUUCAUAUCAGCAGAAGCUGGAAGCCACCGAGAUCGCGCGAGCGAAGGCGGCACGGGCGGAGGCACAUGUGAAGAGGCAGCUGUCAGAUCUCGAGAAGGCGCACUCUGCACUCGAGUCUGAGCACAAGGGCGUUCAGAAACGACUCAAGUCUGCUGAACAUCGUGUCGCGCAGCUCGAGGCCAAGCUGGAAGACGAGGGACGGGAGUCAUCGGACCUCGAACUUCUUAGGCAGCGUCUCACUGAAGAGCUCGACGACGAGCGCGAGCAGCACCAGAAGGACCUUGCUGAACGCGACUUCAACGCCGACCAGACACGCAAGAAGUAUCAAGCCGAGCUGUCUCAACUCAGCGAAGAGCUUCAAGCUCAGCGCGACGCGCUCAGCCGCCUUCGUGAGGAGAACCGCAAGAUCCGUUCCGAUUACGACGAGCUCCAGCUCCGCUUCGACGAUGAGGUCUACAACAGCGGCGGUUGGAAAAAGGAGAAGGAGCGCAUGGAGACGAAGAUAUCCGACGUCACUAAGGCGUACGAAUCCUCCGUCGCCGCACAAGCAGAGCAGCAGUCGCAGAUUGUCGCCCUUCAUUCUCAAGUGCGCGAACUACGCGCCGUGCUCGACGACGCGGAGGCGGACCGUGCGUUACUGCAGAAGGCCAGGCGAGCGCUUCAGGCCGAGCUCGAGGAGAUCAGGCUUGAUCACGUCGAUCCGAGCGACACGGAGGUGCAGCGUCUGAUGCUUAAGAAGCAGGACCUUGAGCGUGCUGUCGAGGAGCAGGAGGACCGGGUUGCGAGCGCGUUCGAACGCAUGAAGCGUGCGGAGGCGUACGCGAACGAGUGUCAGAUGGAAUUGGGGAAAGUCAGGGUGGAGAAUUCGGAGCUGGAUAGAUUGAAUGCGCACCUCGAGAAGCAGGUCAAGGAACUCAACGUGCGCAUCGUCGACCUCGAGACGAAGUCCCUAGCCAACGCCAGCCGGCCGGCGACCAUCUCGCGACGAGCGGAUCCCCGGAUCGAAGAGCUGACAAGCCAACUCAGUGGCAAGGCCGGCAACCAGCGCACAGUACGCGACGCAAAGCAUGCGGUCGCAGAGGUGGAGCGACAGCGCGCGAAGUUCGAGGAAGAGAGAAGGGCAUACGAGGCGAAGCUGGAGGAGCUAAGGAGAAGGACCGAUCAGCUGCACACUCAGGAGAACGAGCUGCAGUCAGCUAAGCGGAGGGCGGAACGGGACGCGGCCGACUAUAAACAAAAGGCGUUGAACUUGGAACGGGACAACGAAAGGUUGCGAAACCGCCUGGCUAUUGACAGACCAUCCUCUGCGUACGGCUCGCCGCACACGUCGCCCAGGAAGUAGACGAGCGCUCCCCCCAUACCCGCGAAUGUCUUUCUGUUGUAGACUAGCGCACAACUUAACGUUCAGGACCUCACGAUACGCUUAGAAUAUCAGAAAUUACCUUCGAAGUUCGUGAUACACGGUCAGGCAAGGGACGACGACAGAGCGAGUCAAUGUCGAAGCUCUUGGCGUAGGCAGAGCGAAUCAAUGCGUUACGACUUAGGCUCACGCGGGUAAGGCGGGAACACGAGGCAAUGUAUUACGAGGGA